AAUUAUUUUUCUCACAAAUUCUUCUAUCUCCAACGCCAAGGGGGGGGGGGGAAAAAAAAAAAAAAACCUUUAUUCCUUGCUCCUAAAUUGCCAGCUUCACUCCUGUCUUUCCAUCUUAACUCUCUCUCUCUCUCCCUCCUUCAUGCAAUAGACAUCGAAAUUCUCUCUGCUCCGUCGCCAUGGCGGAGACCUUGACCAGACUCUCCGAUGCUCUCUUCAGCGAGAGAAGCGACAACAAGUCCCUGUCGUCCAUCGAUCUCGUCCAGAAUCUUCGCUCCGACGACUCGAUCAGACCGGGCCUCGAGCAGCUCUAUCGGAUUCUCAAAUGCGGCAUCGACGCCUCCGGAGACGGCAAGCUAGGGCUUCAAUCGUGGAACGACUCACAGAUUCAAGCAGUUUGCUCGCUAGCGUCCGCGAUCGCUUCCGCUUCUCGAUCUCUCUCCGUUGAGCUUGUGGACGCGGUUGUUCUUGCGGUUGUACAAAAGUCAGUGGAAUUUGCUGUGUGUUAUUUGGAGAGAUCAGAAUUCAGUGGUGAUGAUUUAAGUAUUCAGAAUAAUAUGGUACAGGUUUUAGAAACAGCUUUGAUUGAUGGAACAAAUAAGGUACCCGAGGCAGUGCAACCUUCGUUAGUAAAUAGUCUGUUAGACAUGUCACCAUUGGUCGUGGGUAGUUCUGGUGGAAUUGAGUUUGAUAAUAGCAUUAAGUGCAGUGUUCAAGAAGGAGCCAGUUGCUUAAGGGAGGAGAAAGUGGUUGAUCGACUUUUUAUGUCAUUAGCUUCCGAGUGCAUACAAGCUGAUAGACAGACCACUGGAUUGAGUGAACCUGUUUUCAUGCAAGACUUAAAGAAACUGGUCUUUUUAUCACAACACUGCGCUAUUGCUCAUAUGUCAUGCAUUCAACGGUUGAUUUUGGUCUGCAGAGAACUGGUGGCAUUUCCAGAUAUGUUUGAUGAGAAGAUGACUGGUACAAACUUACGCAAGAGACUGGCGUUAAGCUUGAGGAUUUUAAAGCUACUUGGAAGUAUUGCAAAGGACAUUCCAUAUAUUGAAUAUGAUGUCUCGUUGGUCCAAGUAGUUGCAUCGCUUGCUGAUAGGCUGCCGUACUUGUUUAAACAUGGAUUUGAAUUUGGUAGCAGUAAUGCUGCUGCAGAGGGUAGUUUCGAAAGUCUUAUUCUUUCAGUAUUGGAAGAAUUUCUUGAACUUGCCCGGGUUAUUUUCUGCAACAGCAAUGUUUUUCUGAAUGUUCAGGCUUGCACAGUAGCUUCUAUACUAGAGAAUUUGGAUUCUUCUGUUUGGAGAUAUAACAAGUCUGCUGCCAACCUGAAGCCUCCACUCAUUUACUUUCCUCGAUGUGUUAUUUACAUGUUGAAACUCAUCCAUGAUCUCAAACGACAAACCAAUCGAGCUCUUGGUUGGAAGGAGUUGGGCGCAGAGGUUAUUGGUGAUAGUGUUGGUCCAGAAACUGAUUUGCUGUCUUGCCAUGUUCAUAAUGAGAAGGUUCCUUUGCUUAAGCAAUACACGUUUGAACAACUUUUGGAGGUGAUAUUCCCUUCCUCUAAUCAGUGGCUGGACAAUUUGAUGCAUGCUAUCUUUUUCCUUCAUUCUGAGGGGGUAAAAUUGAAGCCAAAAGUGGAGAGAUCAUACUCUAUUGGUGCAAAAACUAGUUGCAACUCUGAACUUGAAAAUGCAGUUUGCCAUGAAGAUGAAGCACUUUUUGGAGAUCUUUUCUCUGAAAGUGGUCGCUCUGUAGGAUCUCUAGAUGGUAAUGAUCAGCCACCUGUUGCUGUCAAUUCCAGUUCCAGCCACUGUAACAUUCCCAUUGAAGCUGCUACUGAACUGUUAAACUUUCUCAAAGUGUGCAUUUUUUCUCCUGAAUGGCAUUCUUCUCUUUUUGAAGAUGGCUGCACGAAGCUUAAAGAAGAUCAUAUUGAUAUAUUGCUCUCCAUACUUCUAUGUCUGGGAUAUUGUUCUGAUGAUAGGACUUCUGAUAGCUGCUACCCUUUACAUGAAGAGAAAAAGCUUGGUCGUGUCCAUGAGAUUUGCUUUGAACUGUUGCAAGAUCUUCUAACACGGCAUGCUUUGUCUGAUUCACUUGAGGAGUACUUCAUUGAGAAAAUUCUGAGCAUUGAAAACGACACGUUUGUUUACAAUGAUCAGACCCUAACCUUGCUUGCUCACACUCUUUUCUGUAGAGUGGGUACAGCUGGUAGCAAAUUGCGAGCUCAAAUUUACAGGGCAUAUGCUGGUUUUGUGGUUGAGAAGGUAAAAGCUGUUUGUUUAAAAUGUCCAAGCCUGAAGGACCUUCUUGGUACCCUUCCUUCUCUGUUUCAUAUUGAGAUUCUUCUUAUGGCAUUUCACUUAUCUUCUGACGUAGAAAAGGCAACACUUUCAAAGUUAAUAUUUUCUUCCCUCAAAGCAAUUGAUGCUCCUGCAUCGGGUUUUGACAUAACACAAUUGUCAUGUUGGGGGUUACUGGUUUCAAGGUUGAUUUUGGUGCUUCGUCAUAUGAUAUUGUAUGCGCGUACUUGUCCUUCAUCGUUGCUUGUACAACUCCGUUCUAAAUUGAGGGAAUCCCCACACUCAUGUUCGCAUCUUCCUAAUUAUAUUAAUGAUCACUUGUCAUCUUGGGCUUCAGUGGCGGUAAAGAAUGUAAUGGGUGCAUGCUUUGAGGAAGAGUCGAUCAUCAAUAGCUUGAUUAAUCAGCUGAUUGAUGUUUCAGACGUUAACACUUCAGUUUCUAGAGAUGUUCUGGGCUUUGGCUGCUUGGGCUUGAGUUGGAAUGACAUUAAUUCAGCCAUUUCAUGGAUUCUGGGGUUCUGGAAAGGUAACCGAGCUACCAUGGUGGAAGACCUUAUUGUUGAAAGAUACAUUUUUCUGCUUUGUUGGGAUUUUUCUCCCGUCGCUACAUCUGAUCAAGUGCUUUCUUCAUGGUGUGACCCACAGAUUCCUGACAGUUCUAACAUGGAACAUUUCUUUUUCUUUAGCCACUCAGUUCUAGGUCGUUGUGAUGGCCUUGCCAGGUGUCCUAAUUUUUCUGAAGUUGUACUUGGGUUACUUCGGCACUUGAAUGCUAAACAUAUACCUGAGGACGCGGAGGAACUAGGCUGGGAUUUCUUGAGAGACGGAAUGUGGCUAUCUUUGGUGCUAUCCUUACUCAAGGUUGGCAUUUGGAGACACGGAAUGAACACAAUCUGUGGAGUGGGUUCAACGUGGACAGACCAUAUCUCUAAGGACAACGAGUAUAGCAUUCUCUCCGAGGGUCUGAUUUCAUCCAUGAUGGAGUCUGACCAGGUUGCAGUGCUGAUAAAGUUGUUGUCAUCUUUGUUGGAUAGAUAUUCGCAUGUUCAUCAGAAAGGUAUUCUGGCUACAUUUGGUAACAGCGAGAAGGGUGCUGAUACUUUUUCACAUUUACUGCUCCUAAAGCAUUCUGGAUUUGAAAGAGGCCUUCUGGACGAGAUUGAGAAGAUUCAAACUAGUUCUGCCCAGCUGGAGUCUGUUUUUGACCUCUUACCAAAGUUGGAUGCUAUUCUUGACAAAAGAGCUCCAGGAGUUUCGAAUUUCUCUUGGGAGUUUAUGUUGCAUGGCUUUCCUUUUAAUCUUCAUGUUCCUAGCGGAAUCCUUCUUUCUUGUCUUCUUAGAAUAAGAGGGAUAAUCUCCGUUUUUGAUGGACUUCUCAAAAUAGAAGGUGUUAGAGAAAAAGUUUGCUUUGGGACUGAGGUACUUCAUCAGAUCCUUGAUACCGUGAUGACUGUCAAGUUUGAUCGGAUCUUUGAAAGCAUUCAUGACAAGUGUGAUGCAAUUUGCGAUACCUUGGUUGUGGGAUUGGGAAGACCAGAUUAUUCCAAUUUAUUUUUACUGGCUCACAUGGAGGGAUUUUUAAGGGACAUCACUGUGAGGGGAGUUAGUGACAGCAGUAUCCUUGAGAGCAUAAUUACCAAGGCUAUUGAUACCAUGGACAGUCUCAGGAAAGAUCCUUCAAAGUUUGAUAUUUUCAAAUUUUAUCUUGGUGUAGAAGAUGCUUCAGAGAAGCUGAAGGAGCUCUCUGAGCUCCAACGUGGUGAUUUAUUGGUUCUAAUCAAUUCUCUGGAUAAUUGUUAUUCGGAAUCAGUUAAUGUGAAGGUUCUUAACUUCUUUCUGGAUCUGUUAGCUGGAGAGUUGUGUCCUGAUCUCAAGCAGAAGAUACAAAAAAAAUUCCUCGGAAUGGAUUUGCUUUGCCUGUCAAAGUGGUUGGAAAAGAGACUUUUAGGUUCCAUCAUGGAGGCUUCAGGUGGAGUCAGCAGUGGAAAAGGAUGUUCUGUUUCACUCAGAGAAUCAACUAUGAGUUUCAUUUUAUGUCUUGUGUCCUCACCUUCUGAGUUGCAAUCAAGAGAACUGCAGUCCCACAUCUUUGAAGCGGUCCUGGGAUCUCUUGAUCUUGCAUUUAUGCUAUUUGAUAUUCAUGUAGCCAAGUCUUAUUUCCAUUUUACUAUCCAACUGGCUAAAGGUGAAAAUUCGAUGAAACUGCUACUAAAGAGGACUUUGAUGUUGAUGGAGAAGCUGGCUGGUGAUGAACGUCUACUGCCUGGGUUAAAAUUCCUUUUUGGAUUUCUUGGAAUUGUUUUAAGUGACUGUGGCUCUGGGAGAAAUUUCCCAGAAAGGUCUUCAAGAAAUUCUUUGUCCAGCAAUACUUUCGGUGUGGGACCUGUCACUUCUAGGCCUGUAGGCUCAAGGAAGAACUCUGAAACAUUGGUUCUUUCUGCUAAUCAAGAAGGGGGAUCCACUACUCUUGAAUGUGAUGGAACUUCUGUAGAUGAGGAUGAGGAUGAUGGAACUUCUGAUGGUGAGGUCGCCAGCUUAGAUAAGGAUGAGGAAGAGGAUAGUAACAGUGAAAAGGCCCUUGCUUCUAGAGUUUGCACAUUUACAUCCAGUGGUAGCAAUUUCAUGGAACAACACUGGUACUUUUGUUACACAUGUGAUCUGACUGUCUCAAAAGGAUGCUGCUCUGUGUGUGCAAAAGUUUGUCAUCGUGGUCAUCGUGUUGUUUACUCUCGUUCGAGUCGUUUCUUUUGUGAUUGUGGAGCUGGUGGAGUCAGAGGGAGCAAUUGUCAAUGCUUAAAGCCACGCAAAUUCACUGGAAGCAGCAGUGCACCAGUUCGUAAUGCCAGUAAUUUUCAGUCAUUUUUACCAUUCCCAGAGGAUGGAGAUCAGCUGCCAGAAAGUGAUUCAGAUCUUGACGAGGAUACUAAUACAGAUGUGGAUAAUACAACGAGGUUGUACAUUCAAAGAGAGCUUCAAGAUGGGAUCCCACUACUGCUUGAAGAACUUGAUUUUGAAGCUCGGAUGCUUGACCUUUGUUCUUCUUUGUUGCCUUCUAUAACUAGUAAACGGGACUCUAAUCUCUCAAAGGAUAAUAAAAUCAGUCUUGGUAAAGACAAGGUCCUUACGUUCGCUGUUGAUCUCUUGCAACUGAAGAAGGCAUAUAAAAGUGGGUCAUUGGACUUGAAGAUAAAGGCAGACUAUUCGAAUGCCAAGGAACUUAAAUCACAUUUAGCUAGUGGAUCUCUUGUCAAAUCUUUGCUUAGUGUCAGUAGUCGAGGGCGACUAGCAGUUGGAGAAGGUGACAAAGUUGCCAUAUUUGAUGUUGGUCAGUUAAUCGGACAAGCCACCAUUGCACCUGUGACAGCAGACAAGACAAAUGUUAAGCCUCUGUCUAAGAACAUUGUUCGCUUUGAAAUUGUGCAUCUUACUUUCAAUUCAGUGAUGGAGAAUUACCUUGCUGUAGCGGGCUACGAAGACUGCCAGGUGCUCACAUUGAAUCCACGUGGUGAGGUGACUGAUCGUCUUGCCAUUGAACUUGCACUCCAAGGUGCGUAUAUCAGACGGGUGGAGUGGGUUCCAGGUUCUCAAGUUCAGUUGAUGGUGGUUACCAACAAAUUCGUCAAAAUAUAUGAUCUAUCUCAGGAUAACAUAAGUCCUGUCCACUACUUCACCUUGCCAGAUGACAUGAUCGUUGAUGCAACACUUUUUGUGGCUCAGAGAAAGAUGUUCCUGAUUGUUCUUUCAGAACAGGGAAAUUUAUACAAACUAGAGUUGUCAGUAGAAGGCAUGGUUGGGGCUACCCCAUUGACAGAAAUAGUUCAAAUACAGGGCGGAAAUAUACAUGCAAAGGGCUCUUCUUUGUACUUCUCAUCAACCUAUAAGUUACUGUUUGUGUCUUAUCAGGAUGGCACUACUUUGGUAGGUAGGCUAAGCCCUAAUGCUACAUCUCUAAGUGAGACAUCUGCUGUGUAUGAGGAAGAACAAGAUGGUAAGUUGCGACCAGCAGGGCUGCACCGUUGGAAAGAGUUGCUGGCUGGUACUGGAUUAUUUGUUUGCUCCUCAAGUGUAAAAUCAAAUUCAGUUCUGGCUGUAUCCAUGGGCUCUAAUGAGUUAUUUGCUCAGAACCUGCGGCAUGCAGUAGGUUCAACCUCAUCUUUAGUUGGCGUAACUGCUUACAAGCCUUUAUCCAAAGACAAAAUUCAUUGUCUUGUCUUACAUGAUGAUGGUAGCCUUCAGAUAUACUCACAUGUUCCAGUAGGAGUUGAUGCUGCUACUAAUUUAACAGCAGAGAAGGUUAAAAAAUUGGGUUCGGGUAUUCUCAGCAACAAGGCUUAUGCUGGUGUGAACCCGGACUUCUCACUGGAUUUCUUUGAGAAGACUGUCUGCAUAACCUCAGAUGUUAAACUGGGUGCUGAUGCGAUUAGAAAUGGGGAUUCUGAAGGAGCGAAACAGAGCUUGGCAUCUGAGGAUGGCUUUUUGGAAAGCCCCAGCCCAUCAGGAUUUAAGAUAUCCGUCUUCAAUUCAAACCCUGAUGUGGUUAUGGUUGGUUUUCGUUUGCAUGUGGGUAAUACAUCUGCAAACCAUAUUCCUUCUGAAAUUACUAUUUUCCAGAGGGUUAUCAAAUUAGAUGAGGGGAUGCGAUCUUGGUAUGAUAUACCAUUCACAGUUGCUGAAUCACUUCUUGCUGAUGAAGAGUUUACAAUCUCUGUUGGGUCAUCUUUUAAUGGCUCUGCACUGCCUAGAAUUGACUCUCUUGAAGUAUAUGGUAGGGCUAAGGAUGAGUUUGGUUGGAAAGAGAAAAUGGAUGCUGUACUGGACAUGGAAGCUCGUGUGCUUGGUUGUAAUUCCUCCCUUUCUGGAUCUGGUAGAAAACGCCGGUCUAUGCAGUCUGCCUCUGUCCAAGAGCAGGUCAUUGCAGAUGGCUUAAAGCUUCUGUCCAAACUUUAUUCAUCGUGUAGGUCACAAGGAUGCUCAAUGGUUGAGGAAGUACAUUCAGAGCUAAGCAAACUCAAGUGCAGGCAAUUACUUGAAAAGAUAUUUGAAAGUGACCGAGAACCCUUGUUGCAGGUGGCUGCUUGCCAUGUGUUGCAGGCUGUGUUUCCGAAAAAAGAUAUAUAUUAUCAUGUUAAGGACACCAUGCGGCUUCUUGGAGUGGUGAAAUCAACUUCUGCACUCUCGUCGAGGCUUGGAGCUGGUGGUAUUGCUGGAGCAUGUCUAAUUGAUGAGUUUACAGCCCAGAUGCGUGCAGUCUCUAAGAUUGCAUUGCACCGUCGUUCUAACUUGGCGACCUUUCUUGAAACAAAUGGUUCUGAAGUGGUAGAUGGCCUAAUGCAAGUACUUUGGAGAAUUCUCGAUUUUGAGCAGCCUGACACACAAACUAUGAAUAAUAUUGUUGUAUCAUCUGUUGAACUCAUUUAUUGUUAUGCGGAGUGUCUCGCUUUACAUGGAAAGGAGCCAGGAGUGCACUCUGUUGCUCCAGCUGUUGGCUUAUUUAAGAAGCUUAUGUUUUCCCCUAAUGAAGCUGUUCAGACUUCUAGCAGCUUGGCUAUAUCUUCAAGAUUGCUUCAAGUUCCGUUUCCAAAGCAAACCAUGUUGGCUACAGAUGAUGCCGUGGAAAAUGCAGUAGCUAGUAUGCCUGCUGAAGCAACUAGUAGAAAUGCGCAAGUACUGAAUGAGGAAGAUUCUAUCAAUUCAUCCGUACAAUACUGUUGUGAUGGUUGUUCCACUGUUCCUAUACUUAGAAGGCGAUGGCAUUGUACCAUUUGUCCUGAUUUUGAUUUAUGUGAAGCCUGCUAUGAAGUACUAGAUGCUGACAGGCUUCCUCUGCCACAUUCUAGAGAUCAUCCAAUGAAAGCAAUUCCAAUUGAAGUGGAAUCAUUGGGGGAAGACGGGAAUGAAUUUCACUUCACACCUGAUGACACUAGUGAUCCAAGUAUGUUGCCAGGUCCGACAGAUUCCAGCAUUCAGAAUUCCGCUCCAUCAAUUCAUGUCCUAGAACCCAAUGAAUCUGGAGAGUUUUCUGCCUCAGUGAAUGACACAGUGUCAAUUUCUGCUUCAAAACGGGCUCUGAAUUCCUUGAUUUUGUCUGAGCUUCUUGAACAGUUAAAAGGAUGGAUGCAGUCAACUUCUGGUGUUCGGGCAAUCCCUAUUAUGCAGCUUUUCUAUCGAUUGUCAUCAGCUGUUGGUGGACCUUUCAUCGACGUUUCAAAGUCUGAAAACUUAGAUCUGGAGAAAUUAAUUAAAUGGUUUUUGGUUGAAAUUAAUCUUAACCAGCCUUUUGAUGCUAGGACCCGCUCUUCUUUUGGUGAAGUUGCAAUUCUAGUCUUCAUGUUCUUCACCUUGAUGCUUCGGAACUGGCAUCAACCUGGUAGUGAUGGUUCCACUUCAAAACCUACUACAGACACACGUGAUAAAACUGUUGGCCAUGUUGCACCCUCUACUGCACCAUCAUCUUCCUCUGAUGAUCAAGAAAAGAAUGAUUUUGCAUCCCAGCUGCUUCAAGCUUGCAAUUCACUUAGGCAACAAUCUUUUGUCAGCUAUUUAAUGGACAUCCUGCAGCAGCUGGUGCAUGUUUUCAAGUCCCCAGCCACUGGUCAUGAAAAUGGGAGUCCUGGCUCUGGUUGUGGAGCUCUCUUAACAGUCCGAAGGGAUUUGCCAGCAGGUAACUUCUCUCCCUUUUUCUCGGACUCGUACGCUAAAGCUCAUCGCACAGAUAUUUUUGCGGACUAUCAUAGACUAUUGUUGGAGAAUACUUUUCGGUUGGUGUAUUCCCUGGUUCGACCAGAAAAGCAAGAUAAGACUGGGGAGAAAGAGAAGGUUUUCAAGAUUUCUCCUGGCAAGGAUUUGAAACUAGAAGGAUAUCAGGACGUUCUCUGUAGUUACAUUAACAAUACGCACACAAAUUUCGUGAGAAGAUAUGCCAGAAGACUUUUCCUGCAUCUCUGUGGAAGCAAAACUCACUACUACAGUGUCAGAGACUCUUGGCAGUUUUUGAGUGAGAUGAAGAAACUUUUCAAACAUAUAAACAAAUCAGGUGGUUUUCAUAAUCCUGUACCAUAUGAGAGAAGUGUUAAGAUAGUGAAGUCCUUGUGUACUAUGGCAGAAGCAGCAGCGGCACGGCCUCGAAACUGGCAGAAGUACUGUUUGAGGCAUGGAGAUGUUCUACCUUUCUUGAUGAAUGGAGUAUUUUAUCUUGGAGAAGAGUCAGUUGUUCAGGCUCUGAAGCUUUUAAAUCUGGCCUUCUAUACAGGCAAAGAUGUCAGCAACUCUCUGCAGAAAAAUGAAGCUGCAGAUUCAGGAAUCAGUUCAAACAAAACGGGUGCACAAUCUCUGGAACCAAAGAAGAAAAAGAAAGGUGAAGAUGGAGCUGAAACUGGUUCAGAGAAGUCCUGUUCGGAUAUGGAGUCUGCCGUUGAGAUCUUCACUGAUAAGGGUGGAGAAAUCUUAACGCAAUUCAUUGAAUACUUUCUGCUGGAGUGGAAUUCGAGUUCUGUCCGUGCAGAGGCCAAGUCCGUUCUUUAUGGUGUCUGGCAUCAUGCAAAGCAUUCAUUCAGGGAAACCAUGCUGGCGGCCCUCUUGCAGAAAGUAAAGUGUCUACCAAUGUACGGUCAGAACAUCGUUGAGUAUACUGAACUUAUCACGUGGUUGUUGGGAAAAGUUCCUGAUUCCAGUCUGAAGCAACAAAAUGCUGAACUUGUGGACCGAUGUUUGACCUCUGAUGUAAUUAGGUCCAUCUUUGAAACACUUCAUUCCCAGAACGAGCUUUUAGCUAAUCAUCCAAAUUCUCGGAUAUACAACACUUUAAGUGGACUAGUUGAAUUUGAUGGUUACUAUCUUGAGAGUGAGCCUUGUGUUGCUUGUAGCUCACCUGAGGUACCCUACAGCAGGAUGAAGCUAGAAAGUCUGAAAUCGGAAACAAAAUUUACUGACAACCGUAUAAUAGUGAAAUGCACUGGUAGUUACACCAUCCAGACAGUGACCAUGAAUGUUCAUGAUGCCAGGAAGUCUAAAUCCGUGAAAGUUUUGAAUUUGUAUUACAACAAUCGACCUGUGGCUGACUUGUCAGAGCUGAAAAAUAAUUGGUCCUUGUGGAAGCGUGCUAAGAGUUGUCAUCUUGCUUUCAACCAAACAGAACUGAAAGUAGAAUUCCCUAUUCCGAUAACAGCUUGUAACUUCAUGAUUGAGUUGGAUUCCUUUUAUGAGAAUCUUCAGGCUUUAUCUCUCGAACCAUUGCAGUGCCCUCGUUGCAGCCGACCAGUUACAGAUAAGCACGGUAUCUGUGGCAACUGCCAUGAGAAUGCAUAUCAGUGCAGACAAUGCCGUAACAUCAAUUAUGAAAAUCUGGACUCUUUCUUGUGCAAUGAAUGUGGAUACAGUAAGUAUGGCAGGUUUGAGUUCAAUUUCAUGGCAAAACCAAGUUUUACCUUUGAUAAUAUGGAGAACGACGAAGAUAUGAAGAAAGGGUUGGCUGCAAUUGAAUCGGAAUCAGAAAAUGCCCACAGAAGAUAUCAGCAACUUUUGGGAUUCAAGAAGCCCCUUCUGAAGAUUGUAUCAAGCAUAGGUGAGAAUGAAAUGGACUCGCAGCAGAAGGACUCCGUGCAGCAAAUGAUGGUCUCAUUGCCUGGACCUUCAUGUAAGAUAAAUCGUAAAAUAGCUCUCCUUGGUGUCCUAUAUGGUGAGAAGUGCAAAGCAGCUUUUGAUUCUGUAAGCAAAAGUGUACAGACAUUGCAAGGGCUACGUCGGGUUUUGAUGAAUUAUUUGCAUCAGAAGAACUCUGAUAGUGGAGUAGCUUCAUCAAGAUUUGUGGUUUCAAGGUCCCCAAAUAAUUGUUAUGGCUGUGCUAGUACAUUUGUGAUUCAAUGUCUCGAGAUUUUGCAGGUGUUGUCAAAGCAUCCAAAUUCUAAGAAACAGCUUGUUGCAGCUGGCAUCUUAUCGGAGUUAUUUGAAAAUAAUAUUCACCAAGGUCCUAAAGCAGCUCGCAUCCAAGCUAGGGCUGUUCUUUGUGCGUUCUCAGAGGGUGACAUAAAUGCAGUGACUGAAUUGAACAGUUUAAUACAGAGGAAGGUUAUGUAUUGCCUUGAACAUCAUCGCUCCAUGGACAUUGCCCUUGCCACACGUGAAGAAUUGUCUUUGCUUUCAGAAGUAUGUUCUUUGACUGAUGAGUUUUGGGAAUCAAGGUUGCGUGUUGUUUUUCAGCUGUUGUUUUCUUCCAUCAAAUUGGGUGCCAAACAUCCUGCAAUAUCCGAGCAUAUUAUUCUCCCUUGUUUGAGGAUUAUAUCCCAGGCAUGUACGCCUCCAAAACCUGAUGGAGCAGACAAAGAAUCUAGCGUAGGAAAAUCUAGUUCCAUUUCACAGACUAAGGAGGAAAGCAACUUAAAUGUUUCUGCAUCUUUUGCUGGACUCGUCAGUGGAAGCAAGUCUAUUCCAGAAUCAGAGAAAAAUUGGGACGCUUCUCAACGAAACCAGGAUAUUCAAUUACUAAGCUAUGCAGAAUGGGAGAAGGGCGCAUCUUAUCUUGAUUUUGUCAGAAGGCAAUACAAAGUGUCCCAGGCAAUCAAAGGUGGUACCCAGAGGUCGCGGCCCCAAAGACAAGAUUUCCUGGCUCUCAAAUAUGCUCUUAGGUGGAAGCGCCGUGCUACUAAGAAUACCAGAAGUGAUUUAUCAGUGUUCGAGCUGGGUUCAUGGGUUACAGAACUUGUUCUGAGUGCUUGUUCUCAAUCUAUAAGGUCGGAAAUGUGCAUGUUGAUAAGUUUGCUCUGUGCCCAGAGUUCAUCAAGACGAUUUCGGUUGUUGAACUUGCUUGUGUCUUUGUUACCGGAAACCCUUUCUGCUGGAGAAAGUGCUGCAGAGUAUUUUGAAUUGCUCUUCAAAAUGAUAGAGUCGGAAGAUUCUCGUCUUUUCUUAACUGUCCGAGGAUGUCUACGCACCAUUUGUAAACUAAUUACACAAGAGGUGGGAAAUGUUGAAUCUCUGGAAAGGAGCCUGCGCAUUGACAUUUCCCAGGGAUUUAUUCUUCAUAAACUUAUAGAGCUUCUUGGUAAAUUUUUGGAGGUUCCCAAUAUUAGGUCCAGAUUCAUGCACGACAAUCUGCUCUCUGAAGUUCUGGAGGCUCUUAUUGUUAUCCGCGGCCUGAUAGUGCAGAAGACAAAGGUAAUUAGUGAUUGCAAUCGGCUUCUGAAAGAUCUGUUAGAUAGUCUUCUCCUUGAAAACAGUGAAAAUAAGCGGCAAUUCAUCCGAGCCUGUAUAUGUGGAUUGCAAAUUCACAGAGAGGAGAGAAAAGGACGAACUUGCCUGUUUAUCCUAGAGCAGCUCUGCAAUCUGAUUUGCCCAUCAAAACCAGAGCCAGUAUAUCUGUUGGUGCUAAAUAAGGCACAUACUCAAGAAGAGUUUAUCAGAGGGUCAAUGACGAAGAAUCCUUAUUCUAGUGCUGAGAUUGGUCCAUUGAUGCGCAAUGUAAAGAAUAAAAUUUGCCAUCAGUUGGAUCUAUUAGGUCUUCUGGAAGAUGACUUUGGCAUGGAGUUGCUAGUUGCUGGGAAUAUCAUAUCUCUUGAUUUAAGCAUAGCACAAGUAUAUGAGCAAGUCUGGAAGAAAUCGAAUCACUCUUCAAAUGCGCUGUCUAAUACAACCUUGUUAUCUUCUAAUGUUGUUACAUCAGGAAGAGAUUGUCCCCCUAUGACUGUGACUUAUCGGCUUCAGGGAUUAGAUGGUGAGGCGACUGAGCCAAUGAUUAAAGAGUUGGAAGAAGAUAGAGAAGAGUCGCAAGAUCCAGAGGUUGAGUUUGCAAUUGCUGGUGCUGUUCGAGAGUAUGGUGGGCUAGAAAUUAUAUUGGGAAUGAUCCAGCGUUUGAGAGAUGAUUUCAAAUCCAACCAAGAACAGUUGGUAGCAGUCCUUAAUCUUCUAAUGCAUUGCUGUAAAAUAAGAGAGAACAGACGAGCAUUGUUGAGGUUAGGGGGUUUAGGUCUGCUACUUGAAACUGCAAGGCGUGCUUUCUCUGUGGAUGCCAUGGAGCCAGCUGAAGGUAUUCUUUUAAUUGUGGAGACUCUAACACUGGAAGCAAAUGAAAGUGACAAUAUUAGCAUCACGCAGAAUGCUCUUACUGUUAGCAGUGAAGAAACAGGUGAACAGGCCAAGAAAAUUGUUCUCAUGUUCCUGGAGAGAUUGUCCCAUCCUUUGGGCCUUAAGAAAUCAAACAAACAGCAAAGGAAUACUGAGAUGGUUGCAAGAAUCCUUCCCUACCUAACGUAUGGUGAGCCUGCAGCAAUGGAAGCACUUAUCGAGCAUUUUAGCCCAUACUUGCAAGACUGGAAUGAGUUCGACAGGUUGCAAAAACAAUAUGAAGACAACCCCAAAGAUGAGAGCAUUGCCCAACAAGCUGCUAAGCAGAGGUUCACAUUGGAAAAUUUUGUUCGAGUUUCAGAGUCUCUUAAAACAAGUUCCUGCGGGGAGAGACUGAAAGACAUCAUCCUCGAGAGGGGAAUCACAGGUGUUGCAGUUGCACACCUGAGGGAUAGUUUUGCAGUUGCCGGGCAAGCUGGCUUUAAAUCUAGUGCAGAAUGGGCGUUGGGUUUAAAAUUGCCAUCUGUGCCUUUGAUAUUGUCUAUGUUGAGGGGUUUGUCUAUGGGGCAUUUGGCAACUCAGAGGUGCAUCGAUGAAGGGGAGAUUUUACCAUUGCUCCACGUCCUUGAAGGUGCCACUGGAGAAAAUGAGAUUGGAGCUAGGGCUGAAAACUUGCUCGACACACUUUCUAAUAAGGAGGGAAAUGGAGAUGGUUUCUUGGAGGAGAAGGUGAGAAGGUUGAGGCAUGCCACUAGGGAUGAAAUGAGGCGCCUAGCUUUAAGGAAGAGAGAACAAUUGCUCCAGGGGCUUGGAAUGCGUCAGGAGCUAGCAUCAGAUGGUGGUGAGCGUAUUGUUGUUGCUCGUCCACUUCUUGAAGGUUUUGAAGAUGUGGAAGAGGAAGAGGAUGGGUUGGCAUGCAUGGUGUGCCGUGAGGGCUAUAGUUUGAGGCCAACGGACUUGCUGGGGGUUUACUCUUACAGCAAGCGGGUGAAUCUGGGUGCUAAGACUUCUGGUAAUGCUCAUGCGGACUGUGUUUACACCACAGUCAGUUAUUUCAACAUUAUUCAUUUCCAGUGCCAUCAGGAGGCUAAACGAGCCGACGCCGCACUUAAGAAUCCAAAGAAAGAGUGGGAAGGAGCUACUCUAAGGAACAACGAAUCUCUUUGCAAUUCUCUCUUCCCUGUGAGAGGUCCAUCAGUUCCGCUAGCACAAUAUGUUCGCUAUGUUGACCAAUACUGGGACAACCUCAAUGCUCUUGGUCGUGCUGAUGGGAGCCGACUUAGGCUAUUAACUUAUGACAUUGUUAUGAUGCUUGCUCGUUUUGCAACAGGGGCAUCAUUCAGUGCAGAAAGUAGAGGUGGCGGAAGGGAGAGUAAUUCUAGAUUUCUUCCUUUCAUGAUCCAAAUGGCCCGUCACCUUCUUGAUCAAGGAAGCCCUUCUCAGUGCCGUACCAUGGCCAAGGCAGUAACAACAUAUUUGACAUCUUCUACAGCAGAAUCCAGACCUUCCACUCCUGGAACACAACCUUCUCAAGGCACUGAAGAAACUGUCCAAUUUAUGAUGGUAAAUUCACUUCUUUCAGAGUCUUAUGAAUCGUGGCUGCAACAUCGGCGUGCCUUCUUGCAGCGUGGAAUAUAUCAUGCAUACAUGCAACACACUCAUGGUUGGUCAUCUGCCCGUGCACCAUCAUCUAUUAUCAAAAUAGAAUCGGGGAGUACCAGCAGAAGCCCUACUUCAGAAACCAGGAAUGCUGAUGAUCUUUUGCCUAUUGUCCGACCGAUGCUUGUCUACACAGGCCUAAUUGAGCAGCUGCAACAUUUCUUCAAGGUCAAAAAGUCACCAAAUGUGGCGUCAGCUAAAAGAGAAGGGACUUCUGCUGUACCAGAAGGGGAUGAUGACAGUGUGGAAGCUUGGGAAGUAGUGAUGAAAGAGCGACUACUGAAUGUUAGGGAGAUGGUCGGAUUCUCUAAGGAGCUCUUGUCAUGGCUCGAUGAGAUGAACUCCGCCACCGAUUUGCAGGAGGCUUUUGACAUCAUUGGCGUGCUAGCUGAUGUAUUAUGCGGCAGCUUUACCCAGUGCGAGGAUUUUGUGCACGCUGCAAUCAACGCAGGGAAAACCUAGUUUAUAUAAUGUAAAAGUGGGGAGUAUUGUACGUGUCUUCAUGCACUAUAUUGGUUUGUGCAGCUUUUUACGAUGUAAAAAUUAAUGACCUUUGUACAUGAAUUUUCAUCUUGAUUGAUCCCCAGAAGAGAGAAACGGGGUUAUAAACUAUACAUGUUUUAUCCAACUUUGAGUCUCCAUUGAACACAUGCGGCUCCUUGGCAAUGAAUUAUGCUUUCCCAUUAAA